AAUAGAAAAAGAAAACGAAAUGUGGCCCAAGCUCAGAACCAAAAGCCUAUCGUUUGUCUCUCCAUCUCACCUUCCCAGCUCCUUCCUUUUCUUUGGUUUUGGUAAGUUGCUGCGUCAUCUUCUUCCACGCGACUGCAACUAGGCGGUGCGGCGUGGGGUGCGAAGACGAGUUUCCAGCAGUAGAGGACCCGGCGAUUCGCACUAGCGGCGUGGUCGUGUAUCUCUCUACUGCUCCACAACACAGGCGUCUUGGGGCUGGGUUUAUGUGCUUUCUCUUGGCGACUCUGAAGACCUCGAGCAUCAUCUUCUUGGUACAAUUUACUUAAUUUAGUUGAACAAUUUCAUAAUCAGAAACUCUGCUGAUCUAUUCUUUUGAGAUGAAGGGAGAAAUGCAUAGCAAUAAUUUGGGUCGUACUGACAUGGAAAAUGAAAAUCCAAGUGUAAAGAUAAAGGUGUUAUUCUUUGCCAGAGCUCGAGAUCUUACCGGCUUAACUGAGACGCCAUUAGAGGUUCCAUCAGGUAGUACAGCUCGUGACUGUUUAAGCAAGAUUAUGACUAGUUUCCCGGGCUUACAAGAGAUUAAGAGUUGCAUCGUUGUUGCUUUGAACGAGGAAUACACAACUGACUCAGCCAUUGUUAAGGACAAAGAUGAGUUGGCCAUAAUACCACCCAUAAGUGGAGGCUGAAUGAAGCUCCUCCUAUCUAUUCAAAUUUAACAUUGAAUGUUCGGACAAAUCACAACUAUUGCUUCAUAAUAAAAAUAACAAAAAAAAAGUGAACCAGAAAAUGCAAAAGACACCCAGGCAACCUUGAUAUAUUUGUGAAAAAAGCUCUUAUAUAUGACCCUUCAAUCAAACACUUGAUUUGAUUAUCAAGCUAGAUUUAUUUUGAAUUCUUGGCCCUCGCUGUUCGAGAGGUCCAUAGGUUUUUGAGUAUUUCGGAUUAGAAACUUGAAACAAAUGCCUAACAACACUUUCCAAACA